ACUCGUUAUCAGGCCAAGCAUCUUGCGCUAUAGCUUUUUUAUUCCAACUACCUCUUUCUUGCCCUUCUCCAUUCCAUCCAACUACAGUCUUCACGGCCAUCCAGUAGCCCUUAACUUCGACACCAUCUUUUUAAGACAUUUCUAGCCCGUUGCCGAGGAACGUUUCCCAAUUUUCGCGUCCGGAAAAAGAUCGACUUUUUGCUACAAGGUGUGUGAGCUCUCCUGGUUUCGCUUGCGCCGUGCACGUUGCCUCGCCGUUGCUGCUCCCCCCAAAACCUCGUUUCACCUGGCUUUUCUGCAACCUUUCACCUGCUCUCCUCCUUCCAUACACAAUCUUGCAACACCAAUUCGGCCUCGAUUUGCCUCUCAAGCCCGUUGCUGCGCCUCAGUUGCGACUGCGCUGCUCUGCCUCUUCAAGCUUGACGCUCCCUCUUUCUUCGGCCCAACCGACAGACAAUAUUUCCUUCCUGGAUUCGCCUGGUGCAAAAUCGAGUGAGAAUAACUAGAGAACUGCGUCAUCAUCUGGGCGCCCAAGAACUAGAUUCUGUCAACAUCUUUUGGUCUUGCGUCGUGCCUUUUGGACCGGUUGCAUAGUUUAAACGCCAGAAUCAUAAUGCAUUCCAAGCUUUUGUCAGCCUUGUUGGUUGCUGGCUCUGCCAGCGUGGUUUCUGCCGCCACCACCUGUACCAAGGAUAUCAAGGUUACCCAGCCUACUCCCAUCAUCUCUUGCGAUGUUGUCGAUGCCAGCAUCACCGUUGACGCAUCCGUGGCCGGCGGCCUGAGCAUCGAGGGACCCAAGACGAUCACCGGUGAUCUCAUCAUCACCAACGCCUCUCAGCUCAUCUCCAUCUCCAGCUCUACCCUCCAGUCCAUUGAGGGCAACUUCGAGCUUUCAGGCCUCGAUCUCUUGAGCUCUCUUAACAUGGCCGCGCUCAAGUCUCUGAACAAGCUCAACAUGCAAAGCCUCCGCCAGCUGAGCACCUUCACCUUUGGCACUUCUGGUGUCUCCAAGGCCUCCACCAUCGUCAUUGCCGACACCGUCCUCACUGAUUUGAGCGGCCUCAACAUCAACAGUGUUGACAGCCUGACCAUCACCAACAACAAGAGGCUGACUGCCUACAACUCCGAUCUCGCCAACAUUACCAGUCUUCUCAGUGUUACUAGCAACGGAAACAACAUGGAAAUCAACAUGACCAAGCUCACCACUGCUGCUGAGAUCCAGCUCUCCAAUGUCAAGAGCUUCGUCGUCCCUAAACUCAAGACCAUCACUGAGUCUCUCAAAUUCGACACCAACCCCGAGCUUACCACCUUCACUGCCAAGAACAUCACCAGCAUCAAGGACAGCGUCACCUUCAUCAACAACAACAAGCUCACCAACGUCUCUUUCCCCUUGUUGACUUCCAUCGGUGAUAUGACUAUCCAGAACAACACCAAGAUGCUGGCAGUUGAGGGUUUCCCCAAGCUGUCAACGGUUGCCGGCGGUAUUAUCCUCCGUGGUAACUUCGAAAAUGUUGAGCUUCCUGCUCUCAAGGAAGUCGAUGGUGGCUGCACUGUCUUGUCUACUACCGAUAUCUCUGCUUUCUGCGGAUUCUUCAAUGACGCUCACUCCAAGAAGAUCAUCAAGGGCACGGAAUCCUGCAAGAGCAACGUUAAGGCCGCCAACGAGGGAGGUAGCGACGGUGACUCCAGCACUUCCAGCAGCGGCAGCGGCAGCAGUGGUAACGGCACUGACAACGCUGUCGCCGCUCUUAGUGUCAACAACGUCCUCUUGGGUGUGUCAGUCAUUGCUGGCAUGGCUCAGCUGUGGUAAAAAGUCAAAGGGGAUGAUAGUUGGGAAUUUGGCGUCAAUCUCUGUUCUCUCAGAUGUUUUCUGUUUUCUCUUAGCCAACACGUUGUGGUUUUAUCAACCUCUCCCAGGCCUGGCUGCACAACUCAUGUCCGCGGCACUAACGCUAGAACUUAAUAAUGGAAAUGUACUUCAAAAAAAUUGGUCGCCACGUUCCUUUAUCCUUCGGCAAGCUCGACAUGACGCAUGGCGCGCAUGCUAUAUAAUCCCUGUCGCGUUGGAACGUUUGUCAGUGCGUGUAUGCCUGGACGGCCCUGCUUUCUCUGCUCGUGUGAAGGAGGGAUUCAAUUUCAGGUACCACUGUGUACGGCGUGAUGAGCACAUUGUAUCGGCGACAAUUGGUUAGCACCGGCGUGCUGCAGACUUGAAAAGGAUGUUACGUGUGUACGGUUACUGGUGAUUAUUCUAUCACGAUUUGUUCCUCUCUUUAGACUUUUUUCUUUAUCGGUGUUGGUGUAUGUUUAGACUUAGGGUACUUUAUACCACUUUUCGCCUCGUUUUCUAUUAUGAAUUCAACUUUACUUAAUUAUUUGAAUCUAAUUCGCUCUUGAUCGUGAGAAUGAAGUAUAGUUCUUUGCUGUAAUGCAAAUAUUGCUUCGUGCUUGAUACUGUGAUAGCCCUACGUUGACUUA